AUGAAGACCGGAGUCAUUCUCUCAGCCCUUGCCGGCGUUCUUUUUUCUCAAACACUCGCUGCUCCUCUUGCUCCCGCGGAGCUCGCUCGCGAGGCUCAGAACCAAGAGCUCUCCAAUGCUGGAACUCCCAUUGCCAUACGACUUGCUGGAACUCCAGUUGGUACUCCAAUUGCCAAAACACCUGCUGUAACUCCAGUUGGUACUCCAACUGCCAAAAGACUUGCCGGGACUCCAGUCGGUACUCCUAUCGCCCUUCCGCUUGGUACUCCCAAUGGAGCAGCCGAUGGAGAACUGGCAGCCAACAAAGUCUUCAGACGCGAGUCACAAGAGGAUGCUCUGUCGCCAUCCGUCUUCGCGUUCGCAUACUUACAGCCUGCCGAGGAGAAUAGCAGCGACCUCAUCACUGCCAACAAGAUCUUUCUAGCUGACGGCGAAUCCACGGCCAAUAAGGUCUUCAAACGUGACCUUCGGCUUGCAAAUGAUCCAGCUGAUGCUCUCUCCCCGUCUGUCUUCGCGUUUGCGUAUGUUCAGUCUGCGGAUGAGAAUGACAGCGACCUCAUCACUGCCAACAAGGUCUUCAAGAGGGGUCUCAUCAUUGCCAGCAACCCUGCCGAUGGCGAGGCAUCGGUUAAUAAGAUCUCUCAAGCCGACGGCGAGGCAUUGGCGAACAGGAUAUUCCUUGCCGAUGGCGAGUCAUCUGUCAACAAGGCUUUUCUAGCUGAGGGCCAGGCUUCGGCUAAUAAGGUCCUCAAAAGACGUCUCAUACUCGCCAGCGACCCGGCCGAUGGCCCGGUCUCAGCCAACAAGGUCUUUCUAGCUGACGGCGAGGUAUCGGCUAACAAAGUCGCCAAGAGAGGUCUCAUCCUCACCGACGAUGACUCGAACAGCGCGGGUUUCUACUCGAUCUACUGGAAUGCGGCAAGUGACGAAUCCCAAGAUGCCACUGCUACUCUUCGGGGAGCUACCGCUGGUGCUGGUCCCAUCGCUCUCCCGCUUCUCGCGAAUUAA